AUGACAUCGAAUAGUCCAAUAAAUCCAUUGAUGCCUGUCAAAAAUAAAAAAAUCAAAAUACUUCAACAAUGUCGAAUAUGUGGUGCAUCUGCUAAAUAUUGUUAUUUUGGUGUUAUUUCAUGUCAUCCAUGCAAAAUGUUCUUUAAAAGAAAUGCCAAUGCUGGACAGGCAGCAUUUGUAUGUCAUUUUGGUGGUCAAUGUGAAAUUAAUAUAAAUAAUCGUCAUAUAUGUCAAUCAUGUCGACUUGCUAAAUGUUUUAUAUGCGGAAUGAGUACUGAUAGAUUUCAAGUAUCAAGACAGAUUAAAUCAGAAAAAAAUACUUCAGUUAAAAAGCAAGUACAACAUCAGCCUAAGAUGUUUCCAACAUUAAAUCUUUUACGAAAGGAUCAAUCAUUACUAACUAGUAAUCAAUGGACACUUCUCACAAAUUUAUUUCAUUGUUAUAAAGAGUCUCAGAUUUUACCUUUUAGUCAACGUUUAAUAGAUACACACGAUGUUUUACAAUCUAAUUAUGUGAUUUACCAAGCACUUGUAGAUGAUUUUUUAGGAUCUAUUUACAAAACAGUAGAAGCAUAUCUUUGUUCCAAUGAUGAUUUUCGUAAAUUAUCAUCUAAUGAUCGUUCCAUAAUGCUUCGUAGUGCUGCUGACAAUUUAUGCUGCAUGAGUGGUGCAUUCAUUAUGCAUCAUUGUCAUUUAUAUGGUCUCGAUGCUUUCUUAAACGUUAUGAACGUAAAGUUUGGAAAAUCUGCAAUGGAUAUCCAUAUUUGGGCGAGAAAAUUUGUUGAUCCAGAUAUUGUAUUGGUUAAAUUGUCAAUAUCAUUGUUCGCUUUCUCUGAAAAUACAUGUUGUUAUUAUUCAAAUAGUUCGAAUGACUUAACAAAUCCUAUUGAUAUUUUAGACAUUCAAAAUAAGUAUGCAGAAGUAACAUGGAAAUAUCUUCUCUUCAAAUAUGGUUACCAUAACGCUGUGAAAAGAUUUCUUAAUAUAACUCUUUGGCUUGCUUCUAUGAAUAUUAUAGCAGUUCAUGCUCAAUCUUUGCCAGUACAUGUGAAUAAUAUUGAUUCACUUGUUGAACAAACUGAACUGACACUUAUAUUAGAUGAUAUGGAUCAAACAAUUGAAACAAAAUAA